CGCAGUGUUUUGAGGUGCAGGACUGCAAUGCGCGCACUUCCGGACCCCAGGCUGUUCCCACGGCGACUGACGCCUCAGACAGCGUUGGAGGGGCGGCGCCCUGGCUCCGGGGCUGUGCCGAGCGCGAGCGUGGCCGGCACCCACUUGCUGCAGAGCCGGCACUGCACUGGGGUCCUGGGGGCGGCUCCUCCAGAUGUCUCCGCGGGUUUUCGGGUACUGCCGAGUUGGGCUGGGGGACGCUACAGGUAGUGGGUCCCGGGCAGCGGCUGGCCCCUUAUCUCACUGCCCCUCCCCGCAGCUCUGCCUCCUCGGACCCCACCGUCCUCUGGAAGCUCGCGAAGGGUACCUGCCGCUGUGACCACCUAGACGCAGACUGGAGAAGGAGGCGGUUGCACCAGUUCUGUGCAGACUGUUCUUUUCCAGCCCUUGGUGAAGAAAGUGGGUUGUUUUUUCCGUUUCCAUCUCUGGCUAGUCUUGAAGGCUAGACCUGCGUAGGACAGCAGAGACGAGGACAUGAACCAGUUCUGCUGAGCUGUUACUGUAUGCCUGCUUUCCCACAACAGCAAGGAACAACCAUGGCCCAGGGGUCACUGUCAUUCGGGGAUGUGGCUGUGGGCUUCACCCGGAAAGAGUGGCAGCAGCUGGACCUGGAGCAGAGGACCCUGUACUGGGAUGUGAUGCUGGAGAACUACAGCCAUCUGCUCUCUGUGGGGUGUCAAGUCAGCAAACCAGCUGUGAUCUCCAGUUUGGAGCAGUGGAAGGAGCCACGGAUGGAGGAGGAAGAGAUAAGGACGUGGAGCUUCCCAGGUGAGUGGGUGGCCUGCAGGGGGCGGGGGGAUGAGGCUCCUGGAAGUCUGCAAAGCAGAACCCAUGGAUGUGCUCUUGUUUUGUUUUUUGAGAUGGAGUCUUAGUCGCCCA